AUGAUCGGUAUCGUGGGGCUAUUUGAGCUAGCGCCGUUUGGCGUGGCACUACCGCUUCUUUCGGCGUGGAUCUACAAAUUCAUAUUCAACCACGAGCUCAUCAGAAACUCCCAUCUCAAUCUGUACAAGAACAAGGCCAGGAUCAACGAGAGGAUCGAGAAGGUCAACUACAAACACGGGUGUAAGCUUUUGCACGUGGACGUGGAUGAUGAAGAUGGCGAAGUCUACACACACAAACAUGACGCUUUUGCUCGGCAGAAGUACGUCCACAGAACAGCUGGAGCGUUGUUCUCCAUAGUGAUUGCCAUUUCGCUAGAACUCACAUUUGCACUCAUGGUGCAGAUGACCGAUUUUAUUGAAUUGGACCCGGCCUUGUUCCAAUGGUCCAUUCGGUUGCUUGUCGUUCUUGUGGCAAUUGUGCAGCCGCUUCUUAUCAUCAGUCUAUAUGUGACCCAGGACCUUUCUCCUCCAUUGAACACAAACAAGCCCGGUGCCUUGUUCAAAUGGGGGCUUACGGUGCUUCUCUGUGGGGCCUGGUUCAUGAUUUUGGGCCGUGUGGGCUCGUUGGCUCAUGCUCUUGAAGAGCCAGGAUACAAGGAUCUGAGGUCGUUCAUGCAACACAUCUCCAGCGACAUUGUGCUUGCGGGAGUGACGUUUACUGCUGUGCUUUCUGGAGUUGGUAGUACGCUGACGCCGUUCAGGUGGUUCUGGGAACGUGCCCGGGAAAAGAGAUCAGAACGUAAAGUCAUCAAUGAGGUUUCUGUCAAUGACCACAUUCAAUCGUACAACAACACGAAGAUGCUUUUGCGGAAACGCCAGCAAGAGCUUGAAAAUGUGUUAUCUAAGAACAGCGGCUCCGCCUACAAUGAGGUGGAACAGGAGGGAGUUCGUCUGUUGAAAGGUCUAAGAGGAUCCGGCAAGAAGCUCUUCAACAAGGUGCUGAGCUUCGCCAGUCUUUCAGCAUUCACUCGCCAAAAACCCGAAGAUCAGGAGUUGACGCUCGAGAUCGACUCGCUCAAGCUGCUCAAGGAACUGAUUUACGACGAUGUGGCUAAAAACGUGGACAAGUUCGUGCGUACCAAGGAGAGAGCGCCGCUUCAAAAGGGCAUUGAAAAAGUGGCGUCAACGUUCUCGUUCCUCUUCUCAUUCUACUGUGUCUACCGUGUGCUUAGUGUGCUUUUCAUCAGGAUCCCAUCGCGGUACUUUUGGCAGCUGGAGAGCAUGAAGACGAAGGACGCGUUGGCUAUUACCAUUGCUAAGCUUAUCCAGACGACCUUCACGCAGCUUCCUAUCCCAGAGCAGCAGCUUGUCAACCAGGUGAGCUUUUUCUUGUCGGGGUCACUUUUUGCCUGUUCGUUUCAAAACGUCUUGGUGACUGUGAAAACGCUUACUAGAGUGUUACCGGCGGCUAGCACGAAUUUGACAGCCCAAACAAAGACCUGGCUCAAGCACUUGUUGGUCAGUGAAUUUCUUGCCAUUUACAUUGUGGCCACUGCACAAAUGAUCAAAUCGAACCUCCCGCCUGAACUCAGUCGACAGAUGAACAAGCUUCUUUCCUUGACCCCGCAGGGUGAGGCAGACACGGAGACGGAGUUUCUUGAUACAUGGUUCGAUCGUGUCUUUGGCAUCACCUGUGUGGUGACUCUUGUUGUAUUAGCAGCCAAGUACUUUGUAGAAGCUGAGGACGACUACGACUACGACGAGGAGCUGAUGCUUGAAGAUACGAAGCAGAGCUAG